CAACAACAAAACCAGUUUAUUUUUGUUACAAGAAUAUUCAUAGUCGUUGAUCCAAACGUGGAAGGUGUAAAUAGAUUCGUGCGAAAAAUGGAAGAAAAUAUCGUGCAAAAUGGUUCGCCGUCAAAAAAGCGUGAGGAUUACAUCGAAUGGGAUGAUUAUUUUAUGGCGAUGGCAUUUUUGGCAGCAAAACGUAGCAAAGAUCCAAGCACACAGGUCGGUGCAUGUAUUGUGAACGAAGAUAAAAAAAUCGUUGGUGUUGGUUAUAAUGGAUUUCCGUUGGGAUGCAGCGAUGACGAAUUCCCAUGGUGUAAAAAUACACCGAAUGCGAUUGACUCAAAAUACAUGUAUGUUUGUCAUGCCGAAGUGAAUGCAGUGCUCAAUAAAUUAUCGGCCGAUUUAAAGAAUUGCACAUUGUAUGUGGCAUUGUUUCCGUGCAAUGAAUGCGCCAAAAUUAUUAUUCAGUCACGCAUUAAGGAUAUCAUCUAUUUGUCGGAUAAACAUGCACACAAACCUGAGGUAAUUGCAUCGAAGCGAAUGCUUGACGCAGCCGGAAUCAAGUACACGCAAUACAAACCAACUUGCAAACGUAUCGUUAUCGAUUUCAAUGACGUUGAUAAUAAAAUGCUCAAUCAACUGCCACCAACACCGAAUAAAAUGAACUGGAGCGAACAAAAUGGUUCCAAGUAAAUUCAGAUGCAAUACGCACACAACCAAAGUCGAAGAUAUUUAAGUUCACCAAUACUUUUUUAAAAAGUUUUUUUUUUGUGAAGUCAUAGACAAAAUAGCAAAUUAAUGAAAUAAAAUCUCGAUUUUUCUCAUUUUUCGAA